UGUGUGUCUCUCUCUCGAAGCAACACGUAUGUAAAAGCCUGCAAAGCCGCGAGGGAAGCUGGAUAACCUCCCUUCCGACGUUCCGAUUUCCAUGUCACUCCCUCGUCACGCAAACUUUCCCUCGCAAUUCCCCUCUUCUGUAGCCUUGCCUCACGACCUUUUCAAAACCCACCCGCCAACGCACUUUUCACGCAUCUCGCACGUCCUAUAAAUGGACCGUCUUCGCCUUCCCCUCGCCUUCUGGCCCUUCCAUAUCUGAUCACCUGAGCCGCCCCCGCAAACCCAUUUGAGUUCCGAGCCAUUCGGGUCGCUCUGCUGCCUUCCAUGGCGAAGCCCGGCGGCGAGGCGAGACGCCAAGCCAGCGGGAAGGAGGUGCGGAAGAAGAAAGCGACGGGAAACGGCGGGGGGAGCCGCGAGGAGGAGGAAAGUCGCGACCUUGGAGGUGAAAGUGGUGGUCCCGCGAUAGGGGGCUUCGGAGAUGGUCGCCCGCGGAGGCACGGAGGCGGCGACCGUUCCGGGGAAAGAAGGGUUCGCUUCGCCGGUGAGGAAGAGGUAGAGGGGGGCGAAGGUGGCGGUUCGAGGGACGAAGCCGUUGCUCCUUGCGAGGAGGGUGAAGUGACCGCGGGAACUGUUAAUCGGGUCGAGGGCCGAAGUCCGAUCAAGUUGAGAGCGAGGGAUCGUGGCGGGAAGAGGGAGGUAACAAUGUAUGACGACAGCGAAGACGAUGGAGGUUUUGCCAAGAAGAGGGUGCGGAGACAGAAGGGCAUAUCGAAGGGGGGAGUUGUGGAAGUUCACGAAACAGGAUCGGCUAAGAAACGAGCUGUCAGAAAUCUCGAUGUUGCAGGGAAAGGUACAAAUGCAGGCAAAGAUGAAGAAACCGUGAGGGAAAGAGGUUUAGGAAUUGGCAAAAGAUUAUCGCAAAAGAAAAGGAAAAGCCAGCUGAGGGAAACAGAGAGCAAUGCGGGGAUAAACAGAGAGGCCACACGCGUGAGACCAAAUAAACAUGACCCUAAGUGGUUAGAAGAGGAGUGUCGAAUGUGCCAUCAAUGCCAGAGGAGCGAUAAAGAUCGUAUUGUUCGGUGUAAAAGUUGUAAGAGGAAGCGAUUUUGUGCACCCUGCAUUAAGAAUUGGUAUCCUAUGACAACAGAGGAAGAUAUUGCCAAAGCUUGCCCAUUUUGUCGUGGGAACUGCAAUUGCAAAGCAUGCUUACGUCUAGAUGCACCAAAUCUGAGGAAGAUGGAGUUAGUAACUAAUGAAGAAGCUACUAAGCAUUUCCGAUAUUUGCUGCAAGCACUGUACCCAUUCGUGAAACAAUUUCUUGUGCACCAAAUGAUGGAGGUGGAGUUCGAGGCAAAGAGAAAAGGGCUACGAAUUCAAGAGCUCAACAUUGCGAAGGCAGGAUGUCAUGCUGGUGAACGAGUGUACUGCGACAACUGCAGAACAUCUAUCAUCGACCUCUACAGAUCCUGUCCCAAGUGUUCUUAUGAUCUCUGCCCAGUGUGUUGCCAGGAGAUCCGUGAAGGACGUCUUCGGGGUAGUCAGGAGGAAGUAGUAAUUGAGUACAUUGACAGAGGGGAAAAAUAUUUGCAUGGUCUGAAGGUGGACAGUGUUGAUGUUGCAGUUGAACUUAAUCAAUCAGAAGUAAAAGUAGAAACUAGGUGGAAAUUGGCAGAAGAUGGAAGUAUUCCUUGCCCGCCAAAUAACAUUGGAGGCUGUGGCAAUGGCCUUCUGGAGUUGAAGUGUAUACUAGAAGAGAAUUUUGUUCUAAGAUUGGUGGAAAAGGCAGAAGUGAUUGCUAGAGAGCUCAUGCCUACAAGUUCAGGUCAUGGUCCUCCACAAUGUCCUUGCCUUAAGCCAGAAGGCAAUGUGGAGAAAAGUGGUAACCAUUUAAUGAAAGCUGCUAGUCGAAGUGAUUCUAAUGACAACCAUUUGUUCUGUCCAAAGGCUAAAGAAAUCCAAUCUGGGGAUCUAAUACAUUUCCAGAGCCACUGGAUCAGAGGAGAGCCUGUAAUCGUCAGCAAUGUGCUUGAAACUGGAACUGGUUUGAGCUGGGAACCUAUGGUUAUGUGGCGUGCUGUCCGCCAGAUAUCACAUAAAAAACAUGGCCAACAUAAGGAUGUGAAGGCGAUGGAUUGCUUGGAUUGGUGCGAGGGAGAUAUUAAUAUUCACCAGUUUUUUGCUGGAUAUACCGACGGCAGAUUUGAUAAGGAAUAUUGGCCCCAAUUGCUUAAGUUGAAGGAUUGGCCUCCUUCUCAUUUGUUUGACGAACGUUUGCCACGUCAUGGUGCUGAGUUUGUUUGCUGCUUGCCUUUUAAGGAGUACACGCAUCCUUCCAGUGGUUUCUUAAACCUUGCAGUGAAAUUGCCCCAGAAUUCACUUAAACCAGAUUUGGGUCCGAAAACUUAUAUCGCUUAUGGAUUUGCUGAAGAGCUAGGGCGUGGAGAUUCAGUCACCAAGCUUCACUGUGACAUGUCUGAUGCGGUCAAUGUGCUUACACAUACUGCAGAGGUAAGAUAUACAAGGGAACAAAUGAAAAUAAUGGACGAGUUGAAGCAAAAACAUCGAAAGCAAGAUCAAAGAGAAGGGAUUGAAGUUUGUAAGGAUCUUGAGAAAACAAUUGACAAUACUACAUACAACAAUCUUGUAUGCGGGGCAGAUGAACGAUGUGAUACUAAUGGUCAUGUUACAUUGGAUGGGAGAAUUCCUUUAAGUACAGCAAAUAUGACCAAGACUGGAGAAGGAGAAGCCAGUCCAGGAGCUAUCGAUGGGGCUUUUGGAACUUCAAGAACUUCUGGAGAUGUGUUGGAUGCAGCUGAGGGAGGUGCGGUCUGGGAUAUUUUCAGGAGAGAGGAUGUUCCUAAGCUGCAGGACUAUCUGAAAAAACACUUCAGGGAAUUCAGGCACACUCAUUGUUGUCCUCUGCCUCAGAUUGUACAUCCAAUACAUGAUCAAACCUUUUAUUUGUCUAGGGAGCACCUAAGGAAGCUAAAGGAGGAAUUUGGAAUAGAACCCUGGACAUUUGUGCAGAAGCUUGGUGAUGCUGUCUUCAUUCCUGCUGGCUGUCCUCAUCAAGUCCGGAAUUUGAAGUCGUGUAUCAAGGUUGCACUUGACUUCGUUUCUGCUGAGAAUGUUAGUGAAUGCAUCCGCUUAACAGAGGAAUUCCGUUUACUUCCCAAAAACCAUCGAGCCAAGGAGGACAAGUUGGAGAUUAAGAAAAUGAUGAUUUAUGCUGUCAAACAGGCUGUCGAGUUUCUGGAGAAUGUGGGGCCCUGAGCAGAUGUUGCAUCCAUCUGGUAUAAUGUCCAAGCUGCUUUUAGUUAUGGUUAUGCUUUUUUUUUUAAUUGUAGACUUUGUCUGAUUAUCUCGUACUUCCAGUGAUCACUUGGUUCUUUUUUGUAAUAUCUUCUUUUGGCUUGGUUGGAGCUGGUGUACAUAGUUUAAAAAUUUGAGAGGCAUCAGAAGUCAGAACUUAAUGAAUAGUCGGUGCACUAUAAGUUGCCAAGUGUGUCUCCAAGUCUUUUAUCAUAUUUUUGAGUUCU